AUGGGGCACGGACCCAGUGCUGGGUCCAGAGCCCGUCGUAUCGAAUCAACAUUACCAAGGAUGGAACUAAUUAGAACUAUGCAACAGCUCAAUCAAGAUUCUUCCUGUCGUUGUCAUUCACCAUCACCAUACAAAUCCAAUGAACUAUGGUCACUUCAGAACGCACUGAAGUAUGCAUGUAAAUUACAUCUCGAUAAAACCUAUCGAUUAAGUCAUUGGUCGGCAAGUUUAACGUCCAAUCGUUCGAGAUUAUCGUAUACGGACCAAAGGAAAAUGGUCAAAUACGCGGUACACGAUGUUUUGGCCGUAACAUUUUUAUUACGACCAAUUAUGGAAAAUUGGACAUUCAAUAUGAUCGAGACCAGAAACAUGAAGGACGUGUUUGUUGCAUUUGAAUCAAUCGAACUUGCCCAAUUGCAAACAACGAUAAAAAAGAAGAAGAAGAAAAACAUCGAUGUACAGAAAUUAUCGAGGAUAUUCGCAGCCCGUGAUUCUGACAUCGAAUCGAUAUCGUCCGAUGAAGAGGUAUAUUUACAUCAAAUUAUACGACAUGAUGCUGAACCAGUCGAUGAAAAUUAUCCACCUACUGCUGAUGGAAUUAAUCAAGUCGCUGCUGAUAAUGAAGAUGAUGAAAAAAUGGAAUUAGAAUUAGCAAUAACAACAGCUCAUGGGAUUGGUCAUGAAUUAAUCGGUGAUGGUCAUGCAGCAGCAAAUUAUGGUGAUGUAGAGGGAACGGUUGACAUAGUUCAACUAGUUCCUGAUCCGACAGAACAAGAACCACAGCAACGAAGAAAGAAGAUUAGAUCAACGGAAGCACAGAAGAAACACAACAAGAAANACCGAUGUGGCUGA